UUAGAUUAUUUUAUUUUCUCCACUAAGUCUUGAUAUCUCUUACCAAAACCUGGCCGGUCAGAUCCUGCCCAGCUCAAACUUCUAGUUUAAGGCUGAAGAUUCUCAAGCUUGCGAAGAGACUCUUGGGGAUUAUUUAGCAUGAUCCUUCUCAUCAUCUGAGCUGUCUUUGGGAGCAUCAUCUUUAGGCACAGUAUCAGACUUUGGCUUCUCCAUUUCCUUCCCAUCAUUGCUUGAGCUACUCUUCUGGUCAUCAUGUUUAGACUCAAUUAUUGUGGAAGGCUUAGGCUCUGUAGUUUUAUUUUCCUCUUUAUUGGACUGCUCAUUCUGAGCCUCUGGCUUUUUCUCUAACUUUUCUUGGGGUUUAUCUUGGGGUUUGUCUUGUUUAGAAGGCUCUUUCUGCUCUUGAACUUUAGGCUGAGCUUCCUUCUUAUUGUCUUCUUCAUGAUCACUUAGGUCCUUCUUGUCAGAAUUAUCAGAAACUUUCUCUUCUGCUUUAUUCUCUGAAGCUGGAUCUUCCUUUGUAAUUGUAGCUUUAAUUUCUUCUUUUUCAUGAGAACUGUUGGAUUUCUGCUUGUCACCACCUUUACCAUGAUCAGAAUCUAGCUUUGGAUCAGCCUUUUCUUCCUCUUUAGUUGGCUGCUUUGGAUCAGCCUUUUCUUCCUCUUUAGUAGGCUGCUUAGGCUCUUCACUUUGAGGCUGAGAGUCUUCUGCGACAUCUUUCUUUUUAGAAGAGUCUUUAUUAAUGACUUCAGGCUGUUUCUCUUUAUCACUAGACUUAUUGCUCUCUUUAUCUUUAUCGAUCUCCUUAUUCUCUAUUGAUUUAUUAGGCUUUGUAUCAGAAUUUUCAAUCUCUGAGUUGAUUGUCUCUUUCUUUGGUUCUACAUCGAUCUUAUCAUUUUGAGUUUUUCCUUUGACUUCUUCGUCCUUGCUAUCUAAGCUAUCAUCCUUAUGGGUUUUCUCAGCUUCUAUAGGAUGAUCUCUUGGUGAGGAAUGCUUGGAAGAGUCCUUAUCAGUCGCCUUUUCUUGCUUUAAUUGACUUACUGAUUCAGGCUCAGAAUCCUUCUUCUCAGAUUCAGAUUUGUGAUCUGAAUCUUCCUUCUCUGAGCUCUUAUUGUCUUUUAUUAACAAUUUAUUAUCUUGAGGGAGCUCCUGAUUUUUAGAUGUUGAUUUUGGAGGGUCUUCCUUGACUGAAACUGACUGGUCUGGUAGCUCUCUAAGCGAAGGCUUGUCACUCUCUUUAUCUUCUUUGUCAGAAUCUUGCUUUGAGAUAUUCUGUGCUUUUGGAGAAUCUUCUUUUACUUCUUCAACAACUCGUGCUUGAGGAGAAGACUCUUUUUCCUCAUGAAGCUCCUGGAUGCUCAAACUUUUCUCUUCCUCAAUUUGCUUCUGAGAUGGCUUCUUUGAUUUUUGUUUAGGAGAUUUUGGUGCUUUAGAACUCUUUUUCAAGGGAGAAUUUGUUUUAUUUCCAACACUUUUAUUAUGCUCACUUCGCCCAACAAAGCGAGUUUUCUCUUUAGUAGCUGAUAUAGUAUUCUGUGUAGAUUUAAUUCUAUUUGGAGCAUUCUUCCCUGCAAGUUUCUUAGUAUUUUUCUUAAUAGGAUCAGCGAAGAACUCAGAAGGGUCUUCUCCAUUAUCAACGGCAUUGAUCAUUCCAAGUCAUUUAUUUACAACCUUAUUUAUAUUUGGCCAUCGAAGGCUGAGUAAUUUAGAAAAGAUUAAUUUUCCUUUAUAAGAUACUUCAAAUGCUCCGACUCUAGGCAAUUGAUCAUAAAAAUUACUCCUACCAUCAUUAUUAGGAAUAAGAUUGUAAUAUAAAUCAAAGUCAACGAAUUCUUUAGGGAUCUGAUUUCUCAAAACACUCACGCUAGGCUCCUCGGCUGUGACCCCUUCAGCAAUUGUGUUAUAAAAGCUCAUAUACUUAGCUUCAUCAUGCCUAGUGUUCCAACUAUGUUGGCUGCACGACUGGCAUCACUCAAUGCAAAGAUACCGGCCAUCAUUGGCUUCGUUUGCUGAAUCU